AAUAACCCACAUCCAUUUCAAGAUGGCGUUUAGAUUGUGCCGGUCGCAUGGAUUAUCAAAACGAUUACAAGAUGUAUUUAAGGUAAGAAAUGAUUGUAUUGGUGAAAUCAUCUUGGUAUUAUGCUGAAAGUUAUCACCUAAAAGAUCUAACAAUAGACUGUACAGAAUAUAUUUGAAGAGUACCUGAGAUCGUGGCCACUGAGUUUGAUGUAAAUGUACGUACUUUGUUCGUUACGUAGUACUAAAGUUUUGCUCACGAACAGAAAAUCUGUGUUGAUGAUUAAUCAUGUUCCAAGUAUUCUCCUAUAAACUGAACUUGUUUCGAUUUUAUAAAACUCUGGUAUGUUUUUUGUAAGGUCAAUUUAAGUAUAGUUCUCAUUUCUUAACCGUUGACUUGAAUUCGCGUUUUGAUAUUGUAAAGUUUCGGGAUUGUUGUUGGUAAAAGUAACUUUAGCAGUGAGCACCUCCUGGAUUUGGCUUGAAUUUCUUUUCUUUUGGAAGAAUUGGAUCUUCAAGUACCCAUGCAAAUGUUUUUUGUGACUAAUUUUUUUGCUCAUCAAAAUGUACAAAAUACAUCUACCAACAUAUACUCUGGUACAUCAGUUUACGACGUUGCUCCCAAGCAUUCUAAGAGUAUAUGUUUGGCAAAAUUGGCACCCCAUUGAUAUAUGUGUUAUCCCCUUGAUUCCAGCCCUCUGAUGCUGGGUGACUCACUGUGUUACUAAAUAAUGGGAAAUUACUCUUAACCCUGAGGGCUUUUCAGAAUUAGGAUUGUCUUAGUUAGUGAAUUUCAUCCAUUAUAGAAAUACUUUAGAAACUUAGAAUUAAAGUCUGUUUGAAUUUAGAGGUCUAUUUCUCAUCAUUAGGUACAGACCAGGCUAACAACAACAGCCACAGUUGAAGGAGGGAAAAGUAAUGCAAAAGUAAGUUGGGCCAAAAUCAGUUACUUAUGAAUUGAAAUUGUGCUUUUAGAUAGUUUGUCUAGCUCCUUGAAAAGGUGCUAAUGUUUUAGGGAAUCAUAAAUUUUUGGUCACUCUUUGGAAAGAAAGUGUUUACCAUUUUAUUUAUUAUCCGAUUACGACUCUUUCAGAUGUGGUUUGCAUUUGGUGCUCUUGCUGCAGGAGGGCUUGCCACAGGUUACAUCCUUCAACCAACUGUUGAUGCUGCAGAACUUGAACUUCACCCUCCCCACUACCCUUGGGCUCACAAAGGCUUUUUGAGUUCACUUGACCAUGCAAGGUAUGUUUGAAGGGAAACAAUAAUUUAAUAAUUGUGAUUGAUGUGGUAUGAGGCAUAGAGUAUAUAUGUUUUGCCGAAUACCCAAUAUAGAGGUACCCAGUUUAUUUCUCACAGUACUGAGGUACCAGCACUGGCAAUGUUUUAUUUUUUCUAGCAUCCGACGAGGUUAUGAAGUGUACAGACAGGUCUGUGCUGCUUGCCACUCAAUGGAGCAAUUGGCAUAUCGACAUCUUGUGGAUGUGGCUUACACAGAAGAAGAAAUGAAAGCUAUUGCAUCAGAGGUACGCAAUAAAUUAGCUAAGAGUGUCAAUGUAUUGCCUGGACGCUAUAUUGUGAUGUUUAACACAAUGUUAUUAAGUGGUGUAAAUGAAAUAUUCUCCCCUAUAAUCUACCAGACAAAGUUUAAGCAAGCUGACCAUAUACAUGUUCCCCUUUGAUAAAUAAACCAGGUUGCCUCUAAAUAUCUUCAUAGAUGAUGUUAUUGUUAUUGUCACUGUUGAUGCUAUUUUAGUGUUUCUGUUUUUUUUUCAUUGUGCACAUGACUAUGACAUUUAACUGAAGGAGGUGAAUUGUUUGUUUUUCACAGGCGCAGAUUGAAGAUGGUCCUGAUGAUGAUGGAAACAUGUUCACCAGACCAGGAAAGGUGAGAUACCUGGUAAAGCUUAUGGAUACAGCAAUCAGUCAACUUAGAACAAAAUCUGUUUUGAUUUUCAAGGACAUUGUAAAUUUAUGUGUAUUGCUGCAUAUGUUGGCUUGGUGACUUGGUGUAAAACCCAUUGUUGCAUUUUUCAGUUGUCAGACUCCUUCCCUAAGCCAUAUCCUAAUGAACAGGCUGCAAGAGCUGCUAAUGCUGGUAAGAAAUGUUUUGGAAAAUGUGUAAUGUUACAUAUUUUAUUAUACAUCCAUUAUUUGUGUUUUAAACCAUUGUAUAAAGAUGUAUACUUGUGUUGUGAGGAGUACUCAUUUCUUGUGAUUUUUUACCACAUCUUAGGUGCUUAUCCCCCAGACCUGAGCCUUAUUACAUCUGCAAGACAUGGUGGAGAGGUAGAAUUUACACAUUUAUUUCCUUCCAGUUUUUUUGGUAUUACUUUUUGGUGUAUUGGGUGCUUGCACCAUGAAUUGACUUAUUUGACACAUCUUGUCAGUGUGUUAAAUUUUCAAGCACCCUAAGCAUUCUUGUUUACACAUGGUGAUAAAUUGGUUAUCCAUUAGGCCCUGGUUGUGCAAAGGUUGGAUAAUGCUAUCAAUAAUAAUUAAUAAUUUAAUAACUAAUAAUAAUAAUAAUUUAUUACUUAUAUAGUGCAAAAUACAUGUGGAUAUGAUCUAAUGCGAUAGAAUUGACUGGAAUCAACUGGAUAAAUCUCUAUUGGGUGGAUAGUGUAGUACGUUUUGCUAUCACUUAUCCACUGGAUAGUAAUCUAUCUAUUGGAUAAUGUCAUCCAACCUUCAUUCAACUGGUCCCAGAUUAGUAACUUUGUCAUGGCUUUUUGAUUUGCGUCCAAGCGCAAGGAGAAAAGGAGUUGUGUUUGAAUUAAAUUUUAAACAAAGACUUUCAUUAUAUUGGUUGUAAGGUAUAAAAUUUGGGGGAAUGUCACUUGGGGAAUAUUAGUGGAUAUUCCACAGUUUAGUUGGGGCAUAUUUGGUCAUGUAACUCAUUUAGACCAAUCAUGCAAGAGUGAAAAUAUACGAUGGAUUAUAGGGGGUGUCAUCAGAAAUCAGCAUUCCCCUGUAGGUAACAGGUUGUUUUUCAUCUCUUGCCACAGGACUAUGUAUUCAGUAUCUUGACAGGUUACACAGAUCCUCCUGCUGGAGCAGAAGUCAAGGAUGACUUGUACUACAAUCCAUACUUCCCAGGGCAAAAUAUUGCCAUGGCACCAGCAUUGUACAAUGAAAUCAUUGAAUAUGAGGAUGGUAAGAUUGCAUUGAAAUGUAGAGGAAGAUUCCCUAUAGCCAACUUACCAGCCAAUUCCUAUUAAACUGUUUAAUCUCUCUUAUUAAUUCUUCAACUCCCACUAGUGACCCAAGAAAGAAUUUCUCCUUACAAUAUCAAUGUAAUAUCAAACAGACAAGUGAUGAUAGUUAGAAAAAAGUGUCAGUGAGGGGAUUAAAAGUUGAUCUGAUGAAAAAUUCUCUGAACUAACAUCUUAAGAAUUUUAUGGCAGACAGUAAGGAUAAUUCUUAAUGAGAAAUUGGGAAUGAGAAGGGUUACUCGUAGGAAAGACAGGUUUCUUAUUUUUCCUUGCAGUAUCACUGCUAAGUCAACAGAAAAUUCACGAGAAUUAAUGAAAUGAUUAUCAACUUAAGAAGCUCAGGAUUGUUAAACAAAUUCCCUUUUUCAGUGCCCUAGGAAAUGCAUAAUGAACAUUAUGGAGAAUAUGCAUUUUAAUGUUAGGGUGUUAAUGGUUUAUUUAUCUCUUACUAAUGUUGGUGCAUGUUGAAAUUUAGGUACACCUGCGACAGUCAGCCAGCUGGCUAAAGAUGUGUGUACUUUCCUUAAGUGGGCUGCAGGUGAGAAUUUAUUUUCUACAGUACUGUAUUAACGCGGUUAAAUGCUGCUGUGUUUUUACUUCCAAAUUAUGUUUACUUCAAAAUAAUGUUUCCUUUAUCACUAACAAUGAUUGCAAUAGAUCAUGUGGUAGUAUUAUGUAAAAAAAAAAGACAUGUCAUCCAUUCUAGUGUCUCACUUUUUAGCCAAGACAGAUUUUAGUUGCCUGGCACCUUAGGUUCAAUAAUGGUGGUACAGAUCACUUAGUUGUAUCCAACUUGUCAUUUUUGCUCUUUGAAAGGUACUAGUUAACAUCAUAAUUAUUCUUCUAAUUCAGUGUAGCAUUACUGGGUUUAUUCUAAAGUUUGUUUCCAUCUGCAGCAUUUCAUCACAGCUGGUGUGUACUCCAGAGCUACUGUAUGAUGAAAUUGGGGUAUUAGGAGUUACAGUCAGCAAAUAGUUGUUAAUACCUUGAUGUUAUUGCGUUGUCUUUGUAGAACCUGAACAUGAUGACCGCAAAAGAAUGGGAAUGAAGGUAUAAUGUAUAUUCAAAUCUUCAUUCGUUAUACUUAAACAACAAACCAAACCAGACAUGUAUUCUGCUUCACCAAAGUAGAAGGGUGAAGAACAAUUAAAACAUACAUGUAGGUUGCGGUUUUAGUAUUUUGUAAAUUUUCCUUUAGUGCCACCAUGGUAUUCCUUUCUUUCCAUGCAGCUGUGUGUAUAUAGAUCUAUAUAACGUGUUUUGAGCACUUAGCUGCAAAGUGCACAUCACAUUUUUCAAUAAGUUUUUGUGAUAAAUUGGAUGAGUUGACUUUUUCUUACUAAAGUAACAAGAUCUUCAUGUAUGUUUUAUUAAGCCUGUUGGAUCCUUUGUUUUUCUUCACAAUGCUUGGUGUGAACUCCAUCGUCGAUCUGAAGUAAAACCUUGUUUCUUGUAGAAGUUGUCGUUUUAAAAGAGAAGUCUCCUGAAGCAUUCUUUGAAAGACUAUGUUCAAAUUCGUGUACUUAUUUACUUCUUCUCUUGUGUUUGUUUGUUUUUCCUAAGGCCAUGACGAUUCUCGGGUUCCUUACGUUUGCCUCAUACUACUACAAGCGUCACAAGUGGUCAGUGUUAAAGAGCCGCAAGAUCGUGUAUCGUCCCUCACCCCACUCCUGAGGGGCUCAACAACUGAACAAAUUUAAACUACUUUUUACGAAGAUAAUGUCAGCAUAAGAUGAAAAAAAAAAAGAGCAGGUACUAUUUGAUCUGUGCUUUAAGAGGGUGAUAGCAUCAUUUAGGCCUUGCACACCUAAUUAAGUGCAAAUAUUCUGUUGUGAUAUUGACCAAGGCUUACUGUAAAAAAAUUCUGUUGAUCAGAGUGCCUCCUUAAAUUUCGUGAGUUAUGGUGUUUGUUGCUGAGGUGUUGCUGCUUUUAGCUUACUCUCUAUGAAUAGCCUCUUUAAAAAGCUGUGAGGUAAUCCAAAUGAUAUUUUAUUCCUUUUUGUUGCGAUUUACUUCAAUAAACACUAAAUUGAAAUGUUUUAAAAUUACGUUGUUUCUGUGUUAAGGGGAUAUUAUCAUUGUAGUCCUUCUAAAACCCCCUCCCACGCCAGUGACAAAAUAUUAUACGUACUUUUGAUGGAUCAAGUUAAAUAUUUUUAAACACCUGACAUCAGAAAGCCAGAAGAGGCUCUUUGCAAAAGUGUGUGCGCAGAUUUCGUGUAGCUUCACGAAGGAAAGCACGACUAAAUCACCGAGCUAAAUAGGCUAUACCGUUCAAAACAAAAUGAGGUUACGAUAUACAAACAAUAACCUUUAUGUGGCGCGAAAAUAUGCACGAAUAUUUGUCCGCGGACAUUAUCUGUUCCAUUAUGCGAACAGUUUACCGAGAGCGAAGCCCGAGGAAAACUGUGAACUUCGAGGAACAAAUAGUGUCAAGGGAAAAUGUACAGGCACACUUUCGCGCAAAAUAGAUGCUAUUAUGUUUAUUAUCCUUAAAAGAUUUUGCAACGCGCGUGGAAAAUUGUUUACGAACAGCUUACGAACUGUAUCAAGCGUGAGAUGUAUUCUUUGGAGUACAAACUUUAUAAACAAUAAAACAUCUCCCUUCUUCUGUAACCAUCACAAAACGUUAUCUCGUCUUGAAUUUAAUCUUUAAAAGAAGACCUGUGGUAGUGGACGUGAGGUUUGAAAACUAGGGAAUAGCACUUGGGUGUUAUUAUCGGAUAUC